AUGCCUGGAGACGGAUACGACCGUCAUAUCACCAUCUUCUCACCCGAGGGACGACUCUAUCAAAUCGAAUAUGCCUUCCGUGCAGCAAAGGAAUCGACCCUCACGUCUGUAGCUGUCCGUGGCAAAGAUAGUGCCGUCUUUGUCACGCAGAAGAAAGUCCAGGACAAACUGAUUGAGCCUGAUUCCGUCACCAAUGUGUUUCAAAUUACGCCUGAAAUUGGCUGUUUAAUGACGGGUCUUUAUGCUGAUUCCAAGGCACAAGUGCAGCGUCUACGCUUUGAAGCCCAUGAGUUUGAGAAUAAAUUUGGUUACAAGAUUCCGUGCCAUGUCCUGGCCAAACGCAUCGCUGACGUGGCGCAGGUGUACACACAACACGCUUCGAUGCGUGCGUUUGGUGUCGUCACGAUGCUCAUCAGUGUGGAUGAGGAAAAAGGACCUCAGCUGUUUAAAAUUGAUCCAGCUGGUCACUUUUGGGGCUACAAGGCCACGGCAGCAGGUGUCAAGGAACAGGAGGCGCAGAAUUAUCUGGAAAAGAAGAUUAAGGCCAGUUCGACGAUGGACUAUGACUUGACGCUACAUACGGCCAUUACGUGUCUCCAAUCGAUCUUGUCGGCGGAUUUCCGCCCCAAUGAGAUCGAAGUUGGUGUUGUGCUGCAAGGCCAGCGGUUCCGUAAGCUGACGGAGGACGAGAUCGAAGUCCACUUGACUUCCAUCAGCGAGCGUGAUUAG